UCACCGUUUGUAGACUGGACUGCACUGAAUCGCCAUUGUACCAUUUGCUAUAGCAGCAGCGAUGAUGCAAGUUGAUCACUCGGAACAUGUGUGAACAAAAACAAGCAUGUGAAUCACCAUCAUCCAACAGUGAGGCAGCGUCACACACAACCACCAGGAGACAUCAGCCCGGACUAUGACAUGCUAGCAGUGAACAGCAAUAUUCAGAUGAAUAGACAUCUUUCGCCAACUGGUUACACUCAUUUCAACACUGAUACUUCUCGUAUUGUGCAACACUGGGGAGAUUAAUAUGCUUGUUCAGCGGAAGUUGAGCUUUUAUUGGCAACUUCUGAUUUAAGAGCUGCGACACAUGCAGGAUCUGAGAAAGUGAGACUCAACAACCAUGUCGGUAGCAUUCAACAGCGAGUCAACUGAGAUGAAGUACAGCAACCUGGACUUGACUGACAGUUGGUUCAGAAGCCAGAGGAGGUCCACCACUGCAGAGCGCUGGAUGAGACCUUCUGCAGUGUGCUCUGUACUUGUGGUUCCCCUUCUGCUCCUGGUGGUUCUGACCCUGGUGGCCCAAAAUACAGGAAGGAGCAGCACUCAGCCAGCAAGUGAGAGCUUGAAGUCUCAGUGGGAGAACCUGACCAUUCAGUGGCUCCAGCUGCAAGACAAGUGCCAUGCACUGGAGAAGGAGAAGGAUGCCAUCAAACCAGAGAGAGACGCCCUGAAAAACGAGACCAAAGUCUGCGCAGCUGAUAAGCAAAGGCUGGGAACUGAGAACAAAGUCCUUCUAGCUGAGCGAGAUGGUCUCAGAGCUGAGCGAGAUGGUCUCAAAGUUGAACGAAAUGAUCUCAGUGAUGAACGAGAUGGUCUCAGAGCUGAGCGAAACCAGAUGAGGGAGGCAAACAAGAACCUGACUGAAGAGAUCGAAGGGCUGAAGAGGAGGUAUGACAACUUGGUGAGACACAUGGACCACACUCUAAAUGGCACAGACAGACUUUGUCCGGAUGACUGGCUGAAAUUUGAAUCCAGCUGCUACUACAUCCCAGCAGCUGCCGAGUCCAAAACUUGGAUGAGGAGUAAAAAAGAAUGUGAGAAUCUAAAUGGACACCUGGUGAUAAUCAACUCCAAACAGGAGAACGACUUUGUCUCCAAGUUUUUCCCACGUGCCUGGAUCGGUCUGUCGGACACAGAUAAGGAGGAGGAGUGGAAGUGGGUGGACGGCACCGAGCUCACAAGCGACACCUACUGGGCGUCAGGGGAGCCCAAUAACCAUCGUAGCAACGAGGACUGUGUAGAACUGAAGCAAAAUUCCAAAGAAUGGAAUGAUGUUCCAUGUGAGCAAACUUUCCCAUUCAUUUGUGAGAUGUGAGGAAGCCUUUCUGAAGUGUGUUGCUCUGUGGAUCCACAAGUGUUGCUUUUCUGUUGACUUUUUUCAUCACUUCAUUAUAUGAUGUUUUUCAACACGAGUCAGUCUAAAGCUGUAAAACUUGACCGUAUCCUUGACCUUAGCUGGUGGACUUAGGCCUUGACCUGCGAAUCACAGAGACUACACCGCUGCUUGAGCAGUUUAACCUUCAGAUAACUAGAUGCCCUUUCUGGCUGGCAGUUUAACCAGCUAUCUCUGGUGCGGAGUUUCCUGUAACUCAUCUGCUGAUCAGUUCUCUACAACAGCACCCACAUUUUGGAGAAGCCAGUUUUCAGUCAUGCCGGCCGUUAUGACCCCAGAGUCAUAUUGUUUUCCUAACAAACCAGGGUGCAGUUUUGCUUCCUGCAGUGUGUGGUUGUGGGCGAGGCCAGAUGUAGGCUGAUUUGAUGGAGCCAAAGCGCAGCCUUCCAGAGGGAGUGGAGACAUCUACAAGUACCUGUCGCUGCUGCCUGCUCAAUCUCUCUCUUCUCCAACCUCUCCCAAGCCAGCAGCAGGUGUUGUUGUGUGAUCCAGUGAUUAUUCUUUUGCGUGUGGUUUGUUGCUCAGAGUUACUAUUCCUUAGUACUAAGUUUUUGUUUUGUUCCCUUUUGUCGUUGCAUUUUAUUUGUGUUUUGUCCUGGUGGCUGGCUGAAGUUCAAGUGCAGCUGCUACUACAUCCCAGCGU